AUGUAUGAAGAUCGGAAGGUCCGAGAUUUAGAGUUUGCGGUGGGUGAUCAGGUUCUGCUGAAAAUUUUACCCACGAACGGUGUUAUGAGAUUUGGGAAGAGAGGUAAGUUGAGUUCGAGGUAUAUUGGGCCGUUUGAGAUCCUUAAUUAUGUAGGCGAUGUUGCUGAUGAGUUGGCCUUACCACCAGGCUUGGCAGGUGUUCAUCUAGUUUUCCAUGUGUCUAUCCUGAAGAAGUAUCAUGCCGAUGGUACUUAUGUUGUUCGUUGGGACUCAGUAUUGCUUGAUGAGAAUCGGACUUACGAGGAGGAGGCUAUUGCAAUUUUGGAUAGACAGGUUCGAAAGUUGAGGUACUUUUCCCGUUCUCUUUCCCUUGUCGCUCAAGGACAAGCGAAUUUUUUAAUUGGUAUCUGA